AUGUUUGGCAGACGAAAAUCUCUCUCGUCCCAAACCGCAGCGACGACGAGUACGUCCACUCUCUCUUCUGCCAACACCAACAACAGCGACUACUCUCCAGAAAGUCCCUCCCAAUCUCUCCCUUCAGAGCAUGGUCUUCGAAUUCGAACACAAUCCGUCGCUUCCAUCACUGGAAUGAUUCAUCAUAAUGAUCUAGACAACAAUAGUAUCACUUCCAACAACAACAACAACACGGUUGUUCCGACCCUUUCGACCUCGGUUCGAAGAGGUGUUUUACAAAUUACAAGCUCUUCAAUGACCACUCCUUCGACUCCUUCAGAAAAUUCUUCGAACAACAAUUCAUUGAAAGAACGAAAGAAAAGUUUGUCAUCACUCAAAAGUAUUUUAACGCCGAGAAAACAUUCAAGUUCGGAUUUACAUUCAUCAUCGAAUUUGUCAGCACCCAUGCCAACAACCUCGAAUUCUAAUGAUAAUUUAAGUGUGAGUGAAAGUGAUUCAACUCAGUUGUCAACAUCACCAAGUAGAUCACUUGGAAAAUUAAUUAUCAAUUCUGUGAAAUCACAUCACCACCAUCACUCUAGAGAAAGUUCACUAUCCUCUUCAAUAGGUACUACUUCGAACCCUCAGACAUCUUCGAAAACUCCAUUACACGUUUUAUUUGGGUCGAAAUAUGCUUCGAAUGGAAAUCAAACCAAUCAACAUGUCACUACUGAUUCUGUGGAUAUUGUGGAUAUUGAUGAACCAAUUGAUGAUGAUUCCGAUUCUAGUAGUGAAGAUGAAAGUAUUGAUGAUCAUGAUUUGAAAGAAUUGAAAGAUAGUAUUCGAGGAUAUGAAAAAGAAAUUCAAUCAUUGAGUCCAAACCAAUUAAUGCCCCCUUCUGGUGGAAGAUGUACAUCACCAUUGGGAGAAGCUCCUAAAGCAACCAUUAAUGGUACGCCUAAUGGUGCGUUGGGAUCACAUGCCAACUCUGGAUCGACCACCACUCGGGCUCGUGCUGCUUCUGAUUAUCUGAAAAAGAAGAAAAAGAAGGAAGAUGAAGAAUCCUCAUCCACCAUGGACAUGAUGAGUUUUUUGCAAGAUUAUGAGGAAGAAAAGAAAAAAGAAGAGACACUCAGAAAACAAGCACCACCACAACAAACCAGAUCUCGUUUUAACACACUCACAGAAAAAUUAAAAAAGGCAUAUUACGAACAUAAAAAGAAAGACGAAGAUGAAGAAUCCGAUGGUGGUGAAUCUGACGAUGGUGAUUCUACUGCAGGUUCAGGUGUUUCUAUGUUUGGUGGAAAGAAUGUCAAUAUUCUAGCUCAACUUGUGGAAGAAUAUAAGGGAAUGGAUUCUGAAAAGAUUAUUGAAGCUGAACGAACACGACGAGAGCAGGAGAGAGUUUUUUCACCCUUGGUCAUGCUUCGUCAAUUAGAGAAGGAAAAGAAAUUGAAUCCAAAAUAUAAGGUUGUGAAUGUGUAUUUUGAAAAAGUUGCUUUCAUGUAA